AACAGAAAUGAAGUCUCAAGUCCUGUCACCAUGUCUUACAACUGCUGCUCUGGAAAUUUCUCUUCUCGCUCUCUGGGUGGCUGUGCACGCUACCCAGGGUCCUCCUGUGGCUCUUCCUCCCCCAGCCGCCUGGUCUACAGCACUGGUCUCUGCUCUCCCAGGACCAUCCAGCUGGGUUCCUCUGUCUACAGGAGCUGUCAGGAGACCUGCUGUGAACCCAGCAGAUGUCCGACUGCCUGUGUGGUGUCCAGCCCCUGCCAGAUGUCCUGCUACCGCCGGAGGACCUCCACGCUCUGUAGUCCCUGCCAGAUGACUUACACUGGGUCUCCGGGCUUUGGCUUCAGCAGCUGCAACUCUCUGGGCUAUGGAUCCAGAAGCUGCUACUCACUGGGCUGUGGAUCCAGUGGUUUCAGACCCCUGGGUCAUGGCUUCCCUUUCUUGGGCUAUGGAUCCAGAUUCUGCCACCCAGCUUACUUGACCUCUAGAAGCUGCCAGUCUUCUUGCUACAGACCACUCUGUGGAUUGGGCUUCUAUCGGUCAGCUUGUUAA